AUGAAGGUUAUCAGGCAUGAAAUUGACCCGAAGGGGGAUCUCUUGAUCGUCCUCAAGCACCCAAAUACACUGAACUUGAUGCCGGAUCCACCCACCAAACAUGAGUCCUAUCGCCCACCUCAUCCCUAUUACGAUGACCCAUCUGACGACGAGGAAGUUGAGAUUGAGUUUAGAGUCUGUUCGUUGCGUAUGAUCCAAUCUUCCACGUUAUUUAAGAAGAUGUUCGGGGGACCAUCGAAAGAGGCUGUGGAGGAGGCAACCGCUUCUUCUCAUCUUCGCAAAGUAUCUGCGACUGACUGGAACGGGGAUGCCCUCGCGGUUGUACUCAAUAUUAUUCACGACCGCACCGGUGAGAACGAUGUACCACAAGAACCCAGCACUUUCCUACUCGCUCAUAUAACUGUCAUCGUGGACAAUUAUCGGUGCGAGGAAUGUACACAUAGUGGCAGCUAUGUGACAAUGGGAGCGAAAUGUCAUAUGUCAUCGAUCCGGGGAUAUCGUGAACUUAUUUAUUUCACGGGUUUUCUCAUGGUACUUUUACCUCAUCUACAUAGCCAAACGUGUCUUGGAGAAUACUCCUGA